AUGUGGACCUUGACUACAGCAAUAUUUCCAUCCAGAAUGAAUUCUGAUCAUCGAGAAGACGAAAUGGAUUUCGACAAGAGUGAUAAAUCCAAGCCUAACGGUAAAUAUAGUUAAACGAACUUUAUACUACAUAGAUAUUAAACCAGGAAGUUUUUUACAGGCCUUUUACUGACUCACCUAACUUCUGCUAAACCGAAGUGAGUUACUCUAUCUUUCUUUUUCGAAUUUGUCCAGGUCGUCUCUUGGAUAUUCCCUGCAAAGUCUGCGGAGACAGAUCCUCCGGUAAGCAUUAUGGAAUCUAUGCCUGUGAUGGCUGUAGUGGCUUUUUCAAAAGAAGUAUACGUAGGAACCGUUCAUACACUUGCAGAGCUACGAACGGUAAAGGAAACUGCCCCGUGGAUAAAAUCCAUAGAAACCAGUGCCGCUCCUGCCGACUGAAAAAAUGCUUCGAAGUGACCAUGAACAAGGAUGGUAAGAGGAUAGAAUUAACGUAGUACUUUUCUUUAAUUGCUUUAAGGCUGUGACGCGUGUAGCGAGAGGAACUCUACUCGCGCGUUAAGCCCUUUCACCGCGCAAAAAAAAUUGCUAUUGAGUAUUCCAGACGUUUUGUAGAUAUUUCGCUUACUAUUAACGGUCGUAUUUAUUGAUAGCGCAAACGUGAUUAUGACAUAGAAUUUUUAAAAUCAACAAAGUUUUUAAUGUGAAUAUUUACAUUUCUCCUAUUAACACCCUAUAAAACAACCACUGGGUUUUCCGACCGUUUAAAUGAUAAUCGGAUUCUUCGAAGAAAGCGUUAAAACUUAAAGCUUAAAGAAAGGACAUCUUAACGAUCUCACUAUUUUUCAAAGUCCCACCAACCUUACAUUACUAAGGUGUUCAACGAUUAGAUAAUAUACCUUACUCAAUGCGUCGAACUAAAUUUGAUGUUCUCAGACUGGAUUUUAUACAGCAGUCGUAGUUUGAAUGGUUAAAAAUUAACGGGCUUUCCACGAUAAUUCCCAGCGAGGAAUAGCAAGAAACUUUUUCGCAUGUAAUCGUUUUGUCUCCAUUUUCCCUUCCCUAUAAAAUCAAUUUCGCCAAAGCAUUAUUUUUCGUAAUGGAAGCGCGCGCCUUUGUCUCCGAGCGAACCGUGAAACUAACCAUUAUAAUGAAAUUACAUUAAAAGACUUUUCCGAUAUUAAACAUAAAGAAAAAGUGAUUGAUUUUCGAACCAAACUUUUAACUCUUUCGUGCAGUUGCCUGUGUAUAGAGAAAAAGUCAUUUAAAAGUCAUUUUCUUGUCGGGUCUCUUUAACGUUUUAUUUUUAACUACCGAAAAGCUUUUGGUGUUAAGAUUCUCUGGAAUCAUUAUUUAACAAUCGUGUUCAAAGUGAGUGUGAUAAGCUUCGUUCAAAACGCAGGAAAGGUCUUCCAAGCUAGACGUAAAAAUUUAAAAUUAAGUGAACUGACAGAUGAAUUAAAUUUGCGAGAAAAUGACUCGAAUUUCAAUAGUCCUCCAGGUUGAUUUGUUUGGCCAUGCGAACCCUUUUCAUGGUAGCCUCACUAAAUUGGAAGGGAAAUUAACAGAACUACAGACAAAUACCUGAAAAUUAAUACGAAUUUAUCAUCACAAACCAUUAAAAGAGCUUUCUAGUGUGUUGUUCAGAGAUUUGUUCUAAUCCUAGGCCACGUCCCGGUUUUGUAUGGAAUAUUAUUAUUUUUAAUUCUACAUUAUUUUUAUCCCUCAUCUGUCCCCUGUUAACAGUGAAUAAUGAAUUUAAUAUUUCUUUCUCUCUAUGAAAAGGUUUCACAGAAUUUCCUGCUUGCAGGAAAAAAAGAAUUAAUCGGCUUCAAUAUGUUCAUUAGCUGGCAAAAUCUAAAAAGGACAUGUAAUUAAGGGUAAAAAGGCCCAGGAAAUUACUCGCUUUUCAGCUUCUGAACUUUUUUUCUUAGGAACAAAAAAGGUGUGACCAUAAAAUGAGGCUUCGGGCGUAUUUAAUAAAUUUGCUUUUAAGCACAAAAUUCAUCUGGCUUAAAACGUCUCCACUUAUGGCUAUAGAAUUGAUUCAUUAAUCCUCAGGCAAGUAAAUUCGAGGCAUUUUGAAGCAUCUGAAUUUUGAAACCAGAAUGAUGAAAGGUUUUCUUUGAAGUCAUGCUAAUUCAGUUUAAAGCGUUUAAGACGUUGGACUGGAAGAGCAAAGUUUUGCUCUUCCGCUGACGGUUUCGUUGCAUUUAGCUUUGUUUAGUGGUUGUUUCUAAUAGAACAGAUGGAUUCUACUUAAAGAAAAUCUUGUACAGCAAAUUAACAACGCAGCGCUAGAGAAUUUUAUCCGUACAGUAUAUAGUAACCCUGCGGGCUCGCGUCACUAUUCAGAAGUGAGAACUGAAAAACGAUCGCCAAAUAUUUUUCAGCAUUUACUACAGUAUGUUUGCCUCUUUAAAAUAAAUAAGAUUGGAUGGAGGGACUGGUUAUUUUCAAGAUUUCAGUUGAAAUCGGUUUUAAUCAUUUCAGAGAAGUUAAAACAAACUGAUCAGCAACUUGACCAAGUUUCAUCAAAAUCGAUUCUUUUUAAUAUCAUUUGAAACAUUUGUUCGUGCUACUUUCCUAGUUUACUUUAUCCACGCACAAACAACAACAACAAUAACAGCAACAUCAACAAAAAAACAUUAACAAUAAUAAAAUAAAUAUGGACACUCCCCAUGGCUUCUAAAAAAAGCUGAGAUAGCAAAUAUCUAUUUCAUACAUUUGGCAAUAUGGCUAUUUGUCAAGCAUUACCAAAAAAUUGCUGUAUUUUUCAAAAAUAUUGUGUUAUGGGGAAAUAAGUACAAGUAGCGAAACUGGCAAAAUUUUUUCUUUACUCAGGAAUCAAAUACUGUAAAAUACUAAAAUGCUAAAAUGCUAAAUUUUUCUUUUUGAGGCAUUUUUAAGGUGGGAAAACGCGACAAAGAGAUUGGUUGAAGUGAAUUUUCUUCUCUCCAAUUCUAAAAGAUUAGUGCACAAUCACUAAACGACUCUAUCAGAAUUCAAUUUUAAUAGGUGUAUUUUUGUUUUAUUUUAUUGUUUUCCCCGAACGAUGCCCCACGGUGAGUAUCUCAAGAAUUCCUUUCCAACACGAAAGAUAAUUCACACCAAGGUAGCUGGCCGGGGGAUCGAAUAGACCGAAUAAUUAGUUGAGGGAGGUCGCUCGCAGCAAGCGUAUAGAUGUGUUCGGAAUGAGAGUGUUGAAACUUCCAGGAUUUUGGCUUACGAAGAAGAUCAAAAAGUUAAUGUAUAGUAGUCAUGCUGAAGAGCUAGUAAAGAGUUCUCCGUAAUGUUGUCGAAAAUUGUCAGUUAUGGUUUUUGGGAGAUACUGUAAAGUGGAAAGGCAGCGGCUCAGUGGAGUAUGAUAGGCCCCCAAAUUUUCGGAUGGUCGUACUUAGUUUUGGUUUUAAAAAAUAAGAGAAAAAUUGUUCCUCCAUUUCUGUUUACAGAGAAGAACGUUACUGUCGAAUUUUGUGUACUUAAGGUUAAAACUUACUGAUGUAGAAGUAGUUUCGUAAUUAAAUGGUGAUUUGUUACAUAAAGGGAGAACAAAUGUUUAUGGGCGGAACAAAGCGAUAACGAAAUUUGUCAUCACACAAAAUAUUUUCAUUAUCACUUCUUAUAAUGAGCUUUAAAUCUAAUUGACACUUCGACUAAGUAAAAGUCGAAGACCACCGAGUUUCAAGUCUCUAAGUAUUUGCCAAUAAUUAUAAAAUCUGAUUGUAUACUGAAUGAACUUCGAAAUAACAGAAAAACCACUUGCAAAUGAAUUUCAAUUGCCAGGCUUACUUGAAAAUGCGACAUUCAACCUGCAAAUAGCUAAUUUCUUUGGGGAGCAUCAAUAAGAUUUUACCUGAACAGACUUGCUUUAAAAGUUAUAGAUUUCUACCUGAACGUUAGCUGUUUUUAAGCAAGCUGACACUAAUUAAGUGUAUCGGCCUGUACCGACUGAAAUACUCACUGAGAUUCAUGUAGCUUCCCUGUAAGUUUUCGGCUUGUUAACUCUCAUUUUAUUUGCUCUCUACUAAUUGAACUGUGGUCUCAGAGAAGUAUUACAUUUUAUUAACGCAUCUUGUAGUUUGGAUACAGUCCAAUUACGUUAUCCUCAAAUAUAUACAGAAGGUUUUUGUUAUACGUAAGAUGUCUGCAUGUUUUUCAUUUCCAAACUGAAUAUUGCUGCAUCAGCAAACCGUUUUCUGUAUCAAAAUAAAACAAGACUUUUUGCCAUAAACAGUACAAACACACACGAACGUACAAAGGCCUAGUUUAACAGAGCAAAACUCAUCCUAGUUUCUGGUUGUAGCACUUCAUCCUGAUGUAUUUUUGAAAUCCACUAUCAGAAAUAUCAGCUUCCAACGUUAUCAAAAGCUCGGAUAGGUGAUAAUUAAAGUAACACUUUUCAGAGAUUUUACAGUAGGGAGUCAAAACCAUGUAAAUUUUUAAUGUUGUUUUAACUUUUUUCACAGCAGUGGGCUUCGCCGCAAGCUGAAGAUCAAAUAUUCACCACAAAUUAAAACAUGUUUCGAAACACCUGUGUCACUUGAAAAGAAUGCGUACAUUAUGUUCUUAAGUGAAAUAUCAUUUUGUCAAAAAUUCUUUGAGCUAAAAAGCCACCCAAUUACAGUUUGAAUCGCUUUGCUACGUCUGCUUUUAGUAUUCCGUGUCUUAAAACAGAUUUGAACCAAUGAUAUAUACAUAGCCAGAAUUUGUCUUUUAAACACUUUGCUUUUUCAUUUUCAAGCCUGAAACUAAAUCGCCGUUAACGAACUUUUGUUUUACUGAUGUUGCCAGAUCCUAUAGAUUGUAUAAUCAGCGCAAAAUUUUACAAAGAUGAAAUUAUUUAAAUUUGUUUGCAAGUUUUAAAGUCCUUUAUUGCGUUUAACAGAUAAACUAUAAUUGCUAAUUGAAUGUUACCGCGAUUAAAAAGAGAUCCUUUUUCAUUUAUAAAAGUUUUGCCAUAUUUUUCUCUACCGAAGUUCCUUUGAAGUUAAACGAUCUGUUAUAAUUGGAUUUAACAAGAAACGCAUUGUGUUCAGUGUUCAAACAUUUCCCCAAUUUUUCUAGAUUAUCGGCUUAAAUUUGAUUUAUCGCGUCGAUAUGACAUUCCUAAUUGACAAAAAUUAAUAUUUCACGAUAAUUUCAAGGGCACGUGUAUAGAUCAAAAGAUUUGACAACGCUAUACCCGCUGAUUUUGGCUCGUGUGAUACUUAUUUGUGUAUGAAUGGCCCUUUGUCUCUCGCUCUGUUUUUGGUGUAAGCGGUUGAUUGAAUCACUUUCUUGACACAGAACGCCAACGACAAGCAUUUUUUAAUGCUAAAAAUACGCAUACAACAAACCCACGAAUUUUCGUCAGUUGCAUUGAAUUCAUUUUAUCAAGAAUUUUGGGUGUGUUGUUAUUGUCUAAAUUUUUAUUACUUUACAGGUUUACAAAACAUUCCUUUAUCUUGGCACAAUGAAAACAACACUAAAGAAUGUUGGCCGCAGUCGUUGGAUAGUAUGGCGAAUGAUUUCAAUAUAGCAGAAUCGCAGUUCAACAAACUGCAGCCAACUAUCAAAUUCUUAUUUGUGUUCCCCAAACCUUUCUUUUUGAAACUAUCAAAGUAGUUUUUUAUUUUGAAGGCGAAUAACAGAAUAAAUUUCCUCUGAAACUAUGCGAAUUCUAGGAAUGAUAAUUGAGAAUAUGUCAACGUCAUUGAUAUGAUUGCGUCAUUGUAAAAAAAAAACAAAAAAAAACUGCAAAUUGCAAUUUGAAAAACCGCCUUUAAUUUAUUAUCCUCUUACUUAGGAACGUCAGCUUUUAUAUUUCUUUCUUCUCUUCGAAUAAUUUCUUUCGACAUCUUUUAAUUGCGUCUGUUUUUCAUUGAAAUUUGAUGUAGUCUAAAUUUGCAACUGUAAUUUCUUUAGUUUCUGUAUUGAUCCCAGGUACUACCUGCAAAAGAUAAAAAAAUUCCCUGUUAGGCGCCCUCUAUAUAAGAACCUGCUUGGCCUAAAAUUUGAAACCGGUUCUUCUUUUCUAAAAUCUAUAAAAGAAUUCUGAACACUUGGGCAAGUAAGAUAAGUCAACAUUCAGGAUCCUCUUAGGAGACAUAUAGGUGCCUUCAGUCACUCCAACUGCAAUGUAAAUUGGUACAGAUUUAUAUACGGAAUAAGUUGAAUAGCACUAAAUACUCUUAGUUACAAUGUAUUUUUUUCUUCAGCAAAUAAAAACCUGUUUAAGAACCCAAACAGAAUAAAUUUGUGCGGAUUACCAUUCAUUAUAAGUAAUGACCUUUUUGGGCUAACUUAGGAGAAUGGAGCCUCGCGGUUCUUGCUCGCUGGUUUUUACAGUAUCCCAUGAACAAACGUUGCCGUCCGUUUCCCAGAUCCAGUCUGGAACGGUCAUUGGUUGCCUACUUUUUUUCUUACCUAUGUUUCCCAAUAAUCUCGUGAAACGGAUGUCAUUGAGUAUAAAACGGGGAACGGGGGAAGCGGGAAAAAAGUACGGGCAACGGGGAAAUGAAAAGUGGGAACAAAAGACUUAAUUGGAAAUGAAGUUACUGACACGGCUAGGGUUCAAGCUCUCAUUUUUUAUUUCCCGUUCCCUGUUCCGCUUUAAAGUAACAUCCAGCUCGUGAAAGAGACCAUAGAGUGAUAAUGCCGUAACAGUGUAAUAUCUGGAGUGGAAGGAAAUGGACAAGCAUUGGAAUUGAAGAAAGGCGGGUCGGCGUUUUUAAAAUGUAUUUUUAAAGCAAAGCAUGAGACCUACACAUGAGAUUAGAAUUAGAAAAAAAUUUAUUCAUGGAGUUUUGGAUUGUCUGCAUAUUCCCAAGAGCAUUUGAAACAGUGAUUUUUGCAAAAUUCGGGGGUCAGACAGAGUGUAUUCAAUUAGGUCCUCUUUCUUACGUUAAUACAUCAUGUCAAAUAUAUUCUUGAUACACUUUAAUAACCCUACUUAAAGUACCUACCUUGAUUAUUUUUCAGCUGUUCAACAUGAACGCGGGCCCCGAAGCUCUACUCUUCGAAAGCAGAAGAUGCUCAAGGAAGCUCAAGAUAGAAUGGAGAUUGGUAGCACUGCGCAUGUACCGCACAAUACAAGUGGUUUCAUCAAUACUUUGCUGGCAGCUGAAACAUGUAUGGAUGGAUGCCAGUUACCGCCAAACGACUUUGACCUUGGGCUGGAGUAUAAGCCAAUCAGAUUUCAAUCUGACAUCUCAGUUUCUAUGUAUUAUUCGAAUCCAGAAGCUGUGUGUGAAGCGGCCGCGAAGCUACUGUUUAUGUCAGUAAAAUGGGCCAGGAAUAUUCCUUCAUUUAUGAGUUUGCCUUUCAGAGAUCAGGUGAGACUAGACACCAUCAACGGCUCUGAUAUUAUAGUUUAUUUGACAAAUUUCACCUUUGUCAAGUUCUUGCCCUAUAGAGAUCGGGGCGGGUUGUUCAAAGCUGGGUUAACCCAGGGUUGAACAACCUCAGCCUUCGGCUUCGACAGAUAACACAGACCUCGGUUUUGAUAAUUCAUGAUAUCACGCUCAACCUCAUCCAAUAAUUGUUUAAUAUCGAGAGCCGUUGAAAAAUGUAAAAAAGAAUGUAGUAUUGUUUAAAUUAUUCUGAUACAAGGGUUUCGGCUACUGAAAAUUGAAAUUACUUAAUUUCCUGAUGGAUUCUGUCUUAAUUAUUUUUGUUAUUUACACUUUGCUGAUUGGAUGCUCUUAAAAAAGUAGAGAAAAUUAUCCGAGAAAAUGCUUUUGAACAAAAGAAAAAGAAACCUGGGCCCAGUUGUUCGAAGGGCGAUUAGCGCUUAACCCGGGUCUCUUUCUCUUGUGUUCAAAAGCUUUUUCUCCGAUACUUUCCUCUGUUGUUUUUUGAGCUUUCAAUCAUCAACUUGUAGACAAAAAGAAUUAAAACUGAAAUGAUUUUUAAGCUUUCAAAUCUGAAUUCAAAUCUCGCACUAACCCUGGGUUAUCUUAACUCAGCUUUGAACAACUCGGCCCUGGAUUAAAAAUUUAACCCCUAGUUAGCCCUAACAGACCUUCGAACAACUGGGCCUAUAUAAAAAAAGUCGAGACAAUCCAUGAGUAUCGUUAGCUGAUGCUGAUGUUAAUUUUACGACCAAAACUGUAACCUUAACCUUAGCCAACCUAAUCUGUCAAAUAGCGAAGAAGAAAAACACCUUUUAACUAAAGAAGGUCAAUAAGGUUCAGCGUUUAGCCCCGGAGAGUGGGGUAGUCCCUUUAAAGGCUCAUAGGGAAUGGCUCCGCCCAAAAGGGGUACCUCUUUACUGGUCAUACCGCGCGCGGAGUUGGUUCGUGUGCAUAAGUGCUGAAACUGGUACUUAUUACCUUUUUCAGACUUCAGGUAUAUGAAAGGGUAGGGAUGUCACUAGUUGAAUUAUAUAAAAGGGUAGGGAGAUCUGUCAUUUUGGUCUGUAAAAAGGCCCAGACGGGCCAAAUGAUUCAUUUUAUGCCCGUGAAAGGGUCGAGAAAACGUGCUGGUGCUGCUUUAAAAGGCAGGUAAAGGGUUGAACCUCGGGGCGGAGCCUCCCCGUAUAAAAUUUUCUUGAGUACCCCCCUGGCGUUUAACUAGCAUGAUAUGGUGGCUUUGACAGUACAGCACAGUUAUCGUCUUUCCUUCCGUCCUUAAUUCUUUUUUCUGCUAGAACGAGAUUUAUCAUCUUGUCUUCAUGUAGGUGCAUGACUACAUUGUGAAUACAAUGGCCGUUCACCUUUCUUGAGGUGAAAGCAAAAGGAGCAAAUAACAAAGAGAAUAAUUUUAAAUGACUUAAUCUAUGUGUCAAUAGGUAAUUCUGCUAGAGGAAGGCUGGAGGGAACUAUUUUUGCUUGGUGCCAGCCAGUGGUCCAUGCCACUUGAAAUCGCACCAAUUUUGUCAGCUGCCGGUUUACACGUGGACAGCACGCCACCAGAGAAAAUUGUUGACGUCAUGGCAACGGUGCGCUUGAUUCAAGAAACAGUCAACAAAUUCAAGGCUGCCAAUGUUGAUUCUACCGAAUACGCAUGUCUCAAGGCGAUAGUGCUCUUCAAGCCAAGUAAGUGUAGCGUCAUGUCAUUUCAUCGUUCAUUAUGUAGUGUUAGACACCCACAGGAAGGGGUUUACUCGACCAAUAUUUGGGUAUAGAUGAGCCGCUGAGGGUUUGAAACCGUGAAUCUGUUUAAAACUCACAAAAAAAGUCUAAAAUACCUACCCUGUUUAGGACACCAGACUCAAUUUUAUUACCCUCUUUAGAACAACAGAAAAAAUGCACGUCGUCUUGGUUUAAAGCCAUUAAUUGGCAAUUGCAAUAGAGCAAAUUCGCGUUAUAGUUAGAGUACAAACAAAUUCCCUCAAGCAGAUCAAAUCGAUCGUGCAGGCAAUACCCUGUUUAUAAUUUAAACAGUCUCCUAAAAACAGGCUCGCGCGUAAUUAAAUACCCUGUUUAGGACAGCGAGGACAAAAACCGUACCCUGCACAGCGGCACAUUCCCGUAUAGGCCAUAUAAGAAGGCACACCCCUCGGGGUAUAUACAUGUUUGUUGCUGUCGGUUUUUGUUCUGUACCUCUUUCGAAUCUUUACGCAGGCGACGCAAUAAAGUAGAAAAAAAAUAACAUGGGAAAACGAUCUUAUAUUAUACGGUAUUGGUUUAGGUUUUCUUUGCUCACCCAUGCAAGCCUUCUGUUGCGUCGUAAGUGCAGGUCAGCUUAAAGGCACUCUAAAAACAACAACAACAAAACUAAUGAAUCUGAGAAUGUUUUUGUUUGCAGUAGUGUAUUGUGCUACAAUCAAUUUUCAAUCAAUAUUUUCAUUUGUACAUAUGGAAAAACGAACUUAUAUUAUAUAGUAUUGGUUUAGGGUUUCUUUGCUCACCCAUGCAAGCAUUCUGUUGCGUCGUAAGUGCAGGUCAGCUUAAAGGCACUCUAAAAGCAACAACAAGAGGACUAAUGAAUCUGAGAAUUUUCUUUUCAGUAGUGUAUUGUGUUACAAUCAAUUUACAAUCGAUAUUUUCAUUUGUACAAUUUUAUUAGCUGCUUGCGGGCUCAAGGAUCCAGAGCAAGUGGAAUCCACCCAGGACCAGGCCCAACUCAUGCUAGGGGAGUAUGUUCGAGCCCAGUGCCCUACUCAGCUCGCGCGGUUUGGACGCCUGCUUCUUUUGUUACCAGCCUUACGACGAAUCAGCGCCAAGGAGAUCGAGGAUCUUUUCUUCAAGAAGACAAUCGGAACUGUUCCUAUAGAAAGACUUCUGAGUGACAUGUUUAAGAAUGAGUAA